AUGCAGCAGGAACGCGGGGGGCAGAGCCCGGGACCCCCCGAGACCGAGGUCAAGGCUGUCAUCGUAGGGGACGGGGGCUGCGGGAAGACAUCUCUGCUGAUGGCCUUCGCCAAGGGGGACUUCCCCAAGGUCUAUGUCCCCACCGUGUUCGAGAAGUACACAGCCUCGCUCCAGGUUGGCAGCAAGCCCGUGAAGAUCCACCUCUGGGACACGGCAGGACAAGAAGACUAUGACAGGCUUCGCCCACUGUCCUACUCGGACACCAACGUUGUCCUCAUCUGCUUUGAUGUCACCAACCCCAACAGCUACAACAACAUCCUAACGAAGUGGUACCCGGAGGUGAACCACUUCUGCAAGGGUGUCCCGGUGCUGCUGGUGGGCUGCAAGACUGACCUGCGGCGGGACCGGGCGGUGCUGCGCAAGCUGCAGCAGGGACGGCUGGACCCCAUCUCCUACCAUCAGGGAGAGGUCAUGGCCCGGCAAAUCCACGCCGUGUCCUACUCGGAGUGCUCGGCCAAGUACCGGGAGAACAUCGGGGACAUCUUUACGGAGGCCUGUGGUGCCGCCCUCAGCGCUGCCCGCCGGAGCCGACGCAGGAGGAGAGCCAGGGGGGGCUGCGUGCUGUGCUGAGUCCCCCCCCCAACAACCC